AUGUUGGGAGGCAACUCCUACGAGCAUGUUCAUGAUGGAUUCAUUGAUCCAGCCUUGUUGAACACUGAGCCGACCUUCGAUGACUUAAUUGAUGCUCUCUUCGGGGAGGCCGCCGACAAACACCCUCGGGCGGCUUCGAAUGCCAUGCAGGCCACGUCUUCUUCUGCUGUUACUACCGCUCAGCCUCAUGUCUCCGCUUUCGACAGCAUUGACACUUCUUAUCCUUCGACUGCUGUGGCUGAAAUCGCCCAUCUCAACACCAUUGCUUGGGGUGCCAUGCAGGCUACUGCAUCCUCUCCUCCUGCUGCUGUUGCUGCAGAACAGCCUGUCUCGGCUUGGAAAAGCAUUGUCGCUACUUCUGCGACUCCUGCGCCUGUAGUUAUCAUUCCCAACACCUCAAUUGCAUCUACUUCUGCCAAGGCCACCUCGAGCAAGAAGCGCUCUGCAGCUCCUCCGAAGACUCCCUCGCCACAGAAGGCUCCUUCUCCCAAUUCUUCCACUCCAGUGCGUGGUAUCUCCUGGGAACACAUUCUUGAGCAAUGCGAUCACGGCGUGGGUAAGUCUACUCACUACAAGUCGCUGAAAGAGGCCGAGCAGGAUUUGGCCAGCGAAGAAGUUGUCGUUCCACACGACCCGACCAUCCCGGAUACCGAGGCCAUGAAAUGCACAAUAGUCAAUCUUCUCUCCCAGGCUUUCAAGAGCACCGAAACUGCAGUGGACAGUGAGAAGGUCAUCUCACCGUUCCGCCAUGAUCGCUACGGCGACGCGGAAAUCGAGAUGGUUUGCUGGCAAAUUCUUGUAAGUGAUCUCCGAUUUUGCUUUUCUCCGAACCUGUUGCUAAUCCUCUCCCCCAGGAAACGAUGA